AGGAACAACAGGUGAUCGGCAGCAGCUGGCGGCUUCAAGGCGAAUAUCUGAAGGAAACGAGCAGAAAACAGGAAGACUGGAAGAUCUGAUAAAAGCAGACUCAGCCUCUCCUCUGACCAGCACCUGAAACAGAACCACAACCCGAACCAGAGCCUGAACCAGAACCAGCUGUGGUAAAAUGGCGUCCAGCUGUGCUGACCCGCCCGUCCUGACGGAACAGGAGGAGCUACAGAGGAGAGCCAACCAGCUCACAGAUGAGUCCCUGGAAAGCACCAGACGGAUGGUUCAACUGGUGGAAGAGAGCAAAGACCUGGGGAUCAGAACUGUGGUGAUGCUGGAUGAACAAGGAGAGCAGCUGGAGCGGAUCGAGGAGGGCAUGGACUCCAUCAACAGGGACAUGAGGGAGGCGGAGAAGAACCUGACGGACAUGGCUCAGUGCUGCGGCCUCUGCAUAUGGCCGCUCAGGAAGUACGGCCGUCUCUGCCGCUCGACCGGCCGGUUGCCUCCUCCUGGUCCCAGCUGCAUCAGAAACCGCCUGAUCUCACGUUAAAAUCAGGAUUCUCUCAUUCAGGAUCACUGAACACCAGCCGACUGCAGUCUGAUUGGAACCACCAAGUCUCUGAAUGUUGAUCAGGAGGAAACUUGAGGGAACUGGGCACCAGACUGGAACUACCACUACUAGCGCCACCUGCUGGUCCAGACUGGGCCGUAGUUAUGAGUUCUGCAGCCUUAAGAGUUUAAGUUGCUGUUUUUUCAGUUAAUAGUUGCAGCUUCUUUUGACCUUGCUUGGCUCCUUAGUUUCUGUGUUUUCUGCUUCCUCCUUCU